CACAUAUCUCCUAGAAAUCAAGCAGCGUCGAGUUUCUCCAGGUCCGAAUCAGUGAUCCGAUCGCAAGAAGCAAGCAACAAUGUCGCCGGCGAGCAGCAGCAACCCGCUGUCGCUGGACUUCUGGGCGUCGUCCGCCGACCCGUUCGGCGUCGUCCGGCCGCUGGCGGAGCAGUGCCCCGUCCUCACCAACGUGCGCGUCGACUGGAAGGAGACCCCCGAGGCGCACGUGUUCAGGGCCGACCUUCCGGGCGUCAGGAAGGAGGCUGCCAAGGUCGAGGUGGAGGACGGCAACGUGCUCGUCAUCAGCGGCGAGCGCGCCAGGGAGGAGGAGGAGGCCGGCAAGGACGAGGCGUGGCGCUGGCGCCUCGUCGAGCGCAGCAGCGGCAGGUUCCAGAGGCGGUUCCGCCUGCCGCGCGGCGCCAGGCUGGACCAGGUUCACGCGUCCAUGGAGAACGGCGUGCUCACCGUCACCGUGCCCAAGGAGGAGGCCAAGAAGCCGCAGGUCAGGGCUGUCGAGAUCUCUGGUUGAUCGAUCCGUUCACUGCAUGCAUUACGAGUGCCCGAGCUGUACUACAGGUAGUAUAACUUUUCGAAAUUCGCUGGUAGGACAUCUGCCAAGCAAAUACAAACUGUCUAUCUGUCCAUCGUUCGUGUAUGGAAGUGUUGUGCUUUUGGUGUCAAGUACGUCUGGCCAGUGUUUUGUGUCUAUGUGAUGUGUAAUGCAUCUGUGCUUUUCUUUUUGCUGUUGACUGUUGUGUGUAUCAAUUAUUCGUGCAGUCGAACAAACGAUUGUGUUCCCCCAACUUGGAAGCUCAGGCGACCAGCUUGUGAUGAGCUGAGCCUGCAGCUACCUCUACAUUAUCCAUGUGUUUGGUUAGGUACAUGCGCUCGUGCAAAACUCUACAGAUACAAAAAUCAGACAACUCCAUGUGUUUGGUUGCUUGGAUGUGAGUUGGGCCAGGCCAGACUCAUGCAAAAUAUUGGCCUCAGCCAGCUACCUCU